UCUCAGGUAUAACGGACAGCAACGAGAUGUGUUAGCAAUACAGUACAUGCCGCCUCCAACUGUACAGGCAUCCACAAAGUUCAACAGGAUAUGUGUCCCGAGCUAUUUUAGACAACCUGCGAUAUCGAAAAGAUACCAACUGACUUUUAAAAGACGGACAAAGGAAACAUGUUGUACUCUGUGGUUUUUGUCGCUGUUUUCCUCUGUGGUUUAUACCUGGCCGUGACUUUCCUCUUCCCGAGAAGAAAGCGAAGUACAACAGUACCUGGACCUAAUCCAGCAACCAAAGAGGGUGGAAAUCUAGAAGAUAUAGCAAAAGCAGGGAGUCUACACGAGUACCUGAUCGAUCUCCAUAAACAAUAUGGCGACAUCACUGCUUUUUGGUUAGGCCAGGAAUUCGUCGUUAGCAUCUGUUCACCGGAGCUGUUUAAGCAACAUUCUGCAGUGUUUGAUCGGCCAGUAUCCUUAUUCAAAUUGUUUGAACCUCUUAUUGGAGAGAAAUCAAUACAAUAUGCAAACAAAGAAGAUGGGAAAAACCGACGCAAGCAGUACAAUACUGUCUUCAAUCAAAACUACUUGCAUCAUUAUUAUGCAAGAAUUCAGGAAGAGUCGGACGAUUUGGUUAAGCAGUGGUCCAGUUUACCCAAAGAAGAACACGUCCCUGUAGCCCGGUAUAUGGUUGCCUUCGCCUUAAAGCUGGGGUUGGUCAACCUGUUUGACAGCCAUGCAUUUACAGAUGAGGAGAUUCUGGAAAUCAGACAUAACUAUGACAUAGCCUGGUCUGAAUUGGAAAGGCAGCUAGUAGAUAUUCCCGAAAAAGGAAGCCCGAGAAUUAAAGCGUUUGAAGAUGCUAAAAGAAAGCUCUAUGCGUUGGUAGACAAGGUGUUAUCCAACCGUAAACAGCUACGAAAAGACACGGAUGAUGCUUUGUUAAUUGACGUCCUCCUAGAUAGUACAGACGACAAGGAACUGAUAGCAAACGACGCGUUAAGUUUCGUAAUAGGAGGCUUCCAUACCACAGGGAAUAUGUUAACAUGGGCUGUGUAUUUCCUGGCGGAGCAUCAAGAUGUCCAGGAUAAAGUAUACAGAGAAAUAAGUCAGGUGCUUGGUAACAAUGAUGUAGAACCAGAGACAUCUAAGGAUCUAGUAUAUCUACACCAGGUAAUUGAUGAGACAUUACGAUGUUCUGUGCUAGCCCCUUGGGCCGCAAGAUAUCAAGAUUUCGACUCAGAACUUGGAGGACAUAAAAUUCCUAAGAAUACCCCUGUUAUCCAUGCUCUUGGUGUAAGUCUGCAAAAUGAAAAAUAUUUUCCACAACCUCACAGGUUUGACCCGGAUCGUUUCAGUCCAGAAAAUUCUAAAUCCAGACCAUCAUAUGCAUUCCAGCCUUUUGGAUUUGCUGGCAAGAGGAUAUGUCCUGGAUACAAAUUUGCAUAUGUUGAAGCAAUAAUUGGACUGGUCACUGUUCUUAGGAAAUUCAAUGUCAAAAUGGUAGAGGGUCAAACGGUGACCCAAACCUUUGGCCUUGUAACUCACCCAACGGAGGAAAUUUGGAUUACUUUGCAAGAAAGAUGAAUUGUGUUUACACAUGACAUCACCUAAUGGUUUCAUCUAUCUCAUUCGGACUUAGGAGCGACAUCAAAAUAGAAAAAUUAAAUUGUUUUAUUAACCUUUCAUUUUAUUUGGUGAAAGGGGGAUUUUUUAUUAUGUAGAUUGAAAUGUUUUUGGUUUUUUAUUGUGAUAAAAAGAUGAUUAUUUGAAA